AUGGGGAGAUCUCAUCAAAUCUCCUCGGAUCGGGCUCUUUUAUGCAAAAUGGGAAGAUCGGGAGUGUCUUCGCCUAUGGAAACUAGAUUCUCUCCACGAGAGAUCCGGUACAGAUCUCGGGGGAUCGAAAUAAAUUUCGAUCGGGUAUAUAGAAAGGUGGAUCUUAUCACCAGAUUGCAAGGAUCCAUAGUUGUUAGCGAUGGAAAUGAAUACGGAUUAUACGAGGCAAUCACCUACUUCACGCUCGUACGAGUGGAGGAAGGGGGGGACAAAAAGGAAAGGGGGUUUUAUCCCACAGAGAAUGAAGGAAAUAAAGAUCUGAAGAUUCAUCUAGUUAAUGGGAUUAUUUGGCGAAGGAAAGUUGUGGCAGGGGACUCGAGUAACAGACAGCUGAGAUUCACGGAAAUACAAGUGGGAGCGGAUAUCUUGAGAUACCAAUAUCUCAAUCGGAUUACGGAAAAUGGUUAUGGGAAGAAGGCAGAUGGAAAGUUCUGGGAUCCCAAUAUCGUAAUCGGAUCUGGUGCGAUUGAGGAUACAAAUUUUCACAGUGUAUCUUUGGAGGUAAUGGGAAGACUUCAAUUUCAGUAUAUGGUUUUUGAUUUCACGGGGAUACAAUAUUCUAAAGCUUCCGAAUAUGGUAGUUCUGAACGGUGGGGAAUCAAUAACGAUCUUCACAGAUAUGGACGGUUUAGCGAAUCUGUUUGCAGUAUAAAUACUUGGAAGGGUUGUGAGAUCGUAAACACACACUCAGUUUUUACACCUUACAUCUCACAAGUUCUUUUCUGGUCUUUCUUUGGUUACUGGUGGGAGAGCGGUGGAGAUAUGUCGCAAUCGGGUUUGAUUAAGGCUGGAGGUUCGAACAAAGGCAAGGACACUCUGAAGCCAAGGUUGAAGAUCACAGUGCCAAAGUUUGACAAUUCCGUGCUUAUCAAGGGAUACUCAAAAACCCUGAUUGGCCGGUGCAUGAACCCACAAAAGCAGGAGAUGAAGAACCUGCUAUUCAUGCUCCCUCGCAUCUGGCAUGUAGAGGGGAAGGUAGCAGCAGCGGAUCUGGGGCUUGGAAGGUUUCAGAUCGACUUUGACGAGGAAGGAGAUAUCCUUGAAGUCUUGAAGAUGGGACCUUUCCACUUCGACUAUUGGAUGCUCUCGGUGGUCCAGUGGGAACCGGUGAUGGAUCCCAACUAUCCUUGCAAGAUCACGUUUUGGGUGAGAGCCCUUGGAGUCCCUCUCCAAUAUUGGGCAAGUGAUACUUUCAUGAGCAUUGGGGACGCCCUGGGGGAAGCAAAGCUGGUGGAUAUUGAUGGUGGCAGAGUCCAGGUCGUGAUGAAUGGCUUCACGCCGCUAGUUUUUGAGACGAUGAUAGGUUUCGAUGAUGGAAAGGAGGAGGCAACGAUCACGCUGAAAUAUGAACGCCUAUACGGCUUCUGUAAGGAGUGCUUCAGUCUCUGCCACGAUGUUGAGCAUUGCCCGCUAUUACGGGCACAGAGGGAAGAGAAGGAACGGCAGGAACGGAUUGAAAGGGAGAAACAGAGGCGCAGGGAGGAGAAACCUGAUUUUGGAUCCAUGAGUUACGAAGGUGUGGUGAUCAAUGGUGCAAGAGAGGGGGAGGAGGGGCGACGAAACAACAAUAGGUCCGGUGAUUAUAAGGGAAAGGGCAAGGGGAAGGUGGUGGAGGCCAGAGAGGACAGAGUCCACAAGUUUCCCGAGCAUCGGAGUCAUCCGAAGCUGGAGGGUGAAGGGUCCUCUUCUCGCGUGAUGCCACCAGAACCUAAGCGAUAUGGGGGAGUCAUGAGAGGGAUCUCGCGAGGAGGAGAUGCAGUGCACAAGGGGCGUACUACUGGACAGUGGCGGGAAAAAAAGAAUGAGGCGGGAACUGUGGAGGUUGAUCAACCGGAUCAGCUUUCUGCAAAGAAAACGAGAACGAGGGAGGAUCCACAAACCCAAAAUGGAUCCGGGGGACAGCUACAGUCCGGAAAGAAGGUACGGAAGUCUUUAAAGUUUGAUGAUGAGGAAAAUGAUCUCAAAGCUCCGGGAGAGAGUAGUGAGAUUGUGGUGCAGGAGCCAAUGCGGCAGCUAAGUCCGGAGCCUCCAGCGGAAGUACCACAGAAAGUAAUGGAGGGGAUCCAUGUGGAAGAGAAGGACACACAGGAACGUCUCACGGUGGAGGAGCCUCCAGAAUUAUCUGCUGAGGUUGGAGAUGUGACCCUCGAUGAUGGGGAUCUAGAGAAUAGCUGGGGACUGAAUGCAGAUCUCUUAGGCGAGGAGCUUGACUUGGAUGAGGAGGAAGGGGAGAACGAAGAGGUUGCCACGUACAUGCAGGUUGAUGUUAGCGAGGAGCCAGAGGUGCGAGUGGAGGCUCCACACCAGAAUGAUGAUACUGAUCCCAAGAGUGGGGCUCAAGGUCAGGCUUUUCCGGGGAAGAAACCAGGCAUGAAGAAGAAGGUUCCGCGCCAAACCGUGGGACUUGGGCAGGGGCUACGGCGACGUCUGGCUCCACCAACCAAGACUCCUCGGAAGAAAGCGCCUGUUAAGGUGAUGAACCGGCCAGGAAAGAAACCUGAACGGAAGGCGGACGACAAGGAUCCACCGGAGGGUUCGGGACCAGAUAAUCUCGCGGUUUAA